AUGGGCUCUCGACGAUUACAUGGCCGCGAAUGUGCUGCUGAGCGAGGACAGAGGCGCCGCUCUGCCACUGUUUUAGCUCCUAGGCGAGGGAGGCCCAGGCCGUGUCGGCAGCAGGACCUUUCCGCCAAGAGCGACAACCACGCCAAGCUCCCAACAACAUUCCGCUCCGCACCCCGCGCCAAGAAGCUAGAGAAGCUGGGAGUUUACUCUGCCUGCAAGGCAGAGGAUUCUUGUAAAUGUAAUGGCUGGAAAAACCCUAACCCACCUCCUACUCCACCCAGGGUAGAUCUGCAGCAGGCUGUUGUGAGCCUUACUGAACCAUGUCGUAGUUGUAAUCAUGCACUAGCCGCUCAUGUUUCCCAUUUGGAGAAUGUCUCAGAAGAAGAAAUGAACAGGUUGUUGGGAAUUGUGUUGGAUGUUGAGUAUCUCUUCACCUGUGUUCACAAAGAAGAAGAUGCAGAUACCAAGCAGGUUUAUUUCUACUUAUUCAAGCUUUUGAGGAAGUGUAUAUUACAGAUGGGGAAACCUGUUGUAGAAGGAUCUUUGGAAAGUCCCCCAUUUGAGAAACCUAGUAUUGAACAGGGAGUUAAUAAUUUUGUGCAAUACAAAUUUAGUCACCUACCAUCAAAAGAGAGACAAACAAUAGUAGAAUUGGCUAAAAUGUUUCUAAAUCGCAUCAAUUACUGGCACUUGGAAACACCUUCUCAGUGGCGACUAAGGUCACCUAAUGAUGACAUUGCUGGCUAUAAAGUAAACUACACAAGGUGGUUGUGUUACUGCAACGUCCCCCAAUUUUGUGACAGUCUACCUCAAUACGAAACCACACAAAUUUUUGGGAGAACCCUGCUGCGUUCAGUCUUUACCGUUAUGAGACGGCAACUUCUUGAACAUGCAAGACAGGAAAAAGACAAACUUCCUCUUGAGAAACGAACUCUAAUCCUAACACAUUUUCCCAAGUUCCUGUCCAUGUUGGAGGAAGAGGUGUACAGUCAAAGUUCUCCUAUCUGGGAUCCAGAUUUCAUAACUUCCUCUUCUCGAAGCAGCCAACUAGGCAUCCAAACAGUUAUUACCCGUCCUCCUGUGGUGAGAUCUGUUUCAUACAGUUCAAGUCCCUCAUCUUUAGAACAACCCAGUGGAGGAACUAUGAGUCCUGCUUGCAAGGCUGCUUCUGGCCUGGACCCAAACCUAGGAGAAAAAAGAAAAAUUAAUGAAUGUUAUUCUGUGGAGAGUGCUAAGAAACCAAGGGUUGUAGGAGAUAUUCCUGUUGAACUGAUCAAUGAAGUGAUGUCAACUAUUACAGAUCCAGCAGCAAUGCUUGGUCCAGAGACUAAUUUUCUAUCUGCACACUCGGCCCGGGAUGAAGCUGCAAGAUUGGAAGAGCGUAGGGGAGUGAUUGAAUUUCAUGUGGUUGGAAAUUCCUUAAAUCAAAAACCAAAUAAAAAGAUCAUGAUGUGGCUGGUUGGCUUACAGAAUGUAUUCUCACAUCAGUUACCUAGAAUGCCAAAAGAGUAUAUUACUCGUCUAGUUUUUGAUCCGAAACACAAGACCCUUGCAUUAAUAAAGGAUGGUCGUGUGAUUGGUGGUAUCUGUUUCCGGAUGUUCCCAUCUCAAGGAUUUACGGAAAUAGUUUUCUGUGCUGUGACUUCUAAUGAACAAGUCAAGGGUUAUGGAACACACUUAAUGAAUCAUCUGAAAGAGUAUCAUAUUAAGCAUAAUAUUCUCAACUUCCUUACAUAUGCUGAUGAAUAUGCAAUUGGCUACUUCAAGAAACAAGGAUUUUCAAAAGAUAUUAAAGUACCAAAAGCAAAAUAUGUAGGCUAUAUCAAGGACUAUGAAGGAGCAACUUUAAUGGGGUGUGAAUUGAAUCCAAGGAUUCCUUACACUGAAUUUUCAGUCAUCAUUAAGAAACAAAAAGAGAUCAUUAAAAAAUUGAUUGAAAGGAAACAAGCACAGAUUCAGAAAGUUUAUCCUGGCCUUUCUUGCUUCAAAGACGGAGUACGACAGAUACCCAUAGAAAGUAUUCCUGGAAUUAGAGAGACUGGCUGGAAACCAAGCAGUAAAGAGAAGGGUAAAGAACCCAAAGAUCCAGAUCAACUUUACAGCACACUAAAAAACAUUCUACAACAGGUCAAGAGCCACCAAAAUGCUUGGCCUUUCAUGGAACCAGUGAAGAGAACAGAAGCUCCUGGAUAUUAUGAAGUUAUAAGGUUCCCUAUGGACCUGAAAACUAUGAGUGAACGAUUGAAGAACAGGUACUACGUAUCUAAGAAAUUAUUCAUGGCAGAUAUGCAGCGAGUGUUUACUAACUGCAAAGAGUACAACCCACCUGAAAGUGAAUAUUACAAAUGUGCCAAUAUACUGGAGAAAUUCUUCUACACAAAAAUUAAAGAAGCUGGAUUAAUUGACAAAUAAUUUUCUUCUCAUGCAAUUAAGAUGCCUAAUUUCACAGCAGAAUAUGCAGUUCUUUCAUUAGAUUUGAAACUUGUGUUUAUAAAAAAAAACUUUCUUAACUAGCACUUUUAAACAUGUAAUAUAGAAGAGUUUAUUUUAUUAAAGUAUUUUUAAAUGUACACUUGCAUGCCCUUUUGCAGUGUAUUCAAUUUUUAUUAGAUGUAUUGCACAAACUGUUUGGAGAUUUGGAAAGGGUAAAUUUCCAAGCAGUGAAUGUUUAAGCUUAAUGUAUCAGAUUGAAAAAUGGCUUUUUAUUUUUACAGCGAAGAUGUUAAUGAAG